GCUUGGCGGAGCCGCUGUUUGUGCGCUCGGGGCCGCGCCGGGAGGGCCCGGAGGAUCGCGGCAGGAGCCGGUCCCAGCCCAUCCCAGUUGGUCCCAGUCGCUCCCAGCCCGUCCCAGCUGAGCGGUGGCUGCGGGGCCAUGGCCGCCCGCGGGGCCCAGCGGCCCAACGGGCACUCCCAGCCCAGUAAGAUCUGCCAGUUCAAACUGGUGCUACUGGGAGAGUCGGCCGUGGGCAAGUCCAGCCUGGUGCUGCGCUUCGUCAAGGGCCAGUUCCACGAGUACCAGGAGAGCACCAUCGGCGCGGCGUUCCUGACGCAGUCUGUGUGCCUGGAUGACACCACGGUGAAGUUUGAGAUCUGGGACACGGCGGGGCAGGAGCGCUACCACAGCCUGGCCCCCAUGUACUACCGGGGGGCCCAGGCUGCCAUCGUGGUCUAUGACAUCACCAACCAGGAGACGUUUGCCCGGGCCCGGGGCUGGGUGAAGGAGCUGCAGCGCCAGGCCAGCCCCAGCAUCGUCAUCGCCCUGGCUGGGAACAAGGCUGACCUGGCCAGCAAGAGGAUGGUGGAGUACGAGGAAGCCCAGGCCUAUGCUGAUGACAACAGCCUGCUGUUCAUGGAGACCUCGGCCAAGACAGCCAUGAAUGUCAACGACCUGUUCCUGGCCAUCGCCAAGAAGCUGCCAAAGACGGAGCCCCAGAGCACGAGCGGCGCCGGGGGCCGGGGCCGGGGCGUGGACCUGAGCGAGCAGAGCCCGCAGGGCAGGGGCCAGUGCUGCAGCAACUGAGGGGUCCUGGGAGCCCAGGGAUCCACUGGGAUCCAGCCAGGAUUGAAUCCAGAUCCACCAGGAUUGAACCCAGGUCCAGCCAGGAUCCACCAGGAUUGAACCCAGAUCCAGCCCACAGGGCCACAUCCAGUGCUGCAGCAACUGAGAGAUCCCAGGAUCCAGUGGGAUCACAACCGGGAUCCACGAGGAUCCCCUGGGAUUGAACCCAAAUCCAGCCAGGAUCCACCAGGAUUGAACCCAAAUCCAGCCCACAGGGCCGCAUCCAGUGCUGCAGCAACUGAGAGAUCCCAGGAUCCAGUGGGAUCACAGCCAGAAAACACUGGGAUCCAGCCAGGAUCCACCAGGAUUGAACCCAAAUCCAGCCCACAGGGCCACAUCCAGUGCUACAGCAACUGAGAGAUCCCAGGAUCCAGUGGGAUCACAACCGGGAUCCACGAGGAUCCCCUGGGAUUGAACCCAAAUCCAGCCAGGAUUGAACCCAGAUCCAGCCAGGAUCCACCAGGAUUGAACCCAGAUCCAGCCCACAGGGCCACAUCCAGUGCUACAGCAACUGAGAGAUCCCAGGAUCCAGUGGGAUCACAGCCAGAAAACACUGGGAUCCAGCCAGGAUCCACCAGGAUUGAACCCAGAUCCAGCCAGGAUCCACCGGGAUUGAACCCAGAUCCAGCCCACAGGGCCAGGGCCAGUGCUGCAGCAACUGAGGGGUCCUGGGGAUCCCAGGGAUCCAGUGAGAUCACAGCUGGGAUUGAACCCAAAUCCAGCCUGGAGGGACACAUCCAGUGCUGCAGCAGCUGAGGAACCCAGUGGGAUCACAGCUGGGAUCCACUGGGAUCCAGCCGGGAUUGAACCCAGAUCCAGCCCACAGGGCUGCAGGAACUGAGGGAAUCCCACAGGAUCCAGCCCAAAUCCAGCCAGGAUCAAGUGGGAUCCAGCCCAAAUCCAGCCAGGAUCAAGCCAGGAUCCAGCUCAAAUCCAGCCAGGAUUGAGACAGCAUCGAGCCAGAAUCUGGCCCAAAUCCAGUUGGGAUCCAGUGGGAUCGAGUUGGAUCCAGCCUGCAGGGUCUGGGUCAGGGCUGAGGGAUCCAGCAGGAUCCAGCCAGGAUCCUGGGAGAAUUCCAGCCCAGAUCCCAGCCAGGAUCCCACCAAUCCCAGCCUGGAUCUCAGCUCCAUCCCAGCCCUGGGACUCUUUCUGAGCUCCUCUCCCAGCACUUUUUGAAGCUUCCAAGGCUCCCCCUCGGCACCAGAUCCCUCCUGGAUCCUCCAGAUUUCACACAGAUUCUUCAGAUCCUUUCCAGAUCCCUCCUGGUUCCUCCAGAUCCCACCUGGAUCCUCCAGAUCUCACACAGAUUCUCCAGAUUUCAUCUGGCUCCACCAGAUCCCACAUGGAUCAUCCUGAUCUGAUGCAGCUACUCCAGACUCCACCUGGAUCCUCCAGAUCCCUUCUGGAUCCACCAGAUCCCAUCAGGGCCCUCCAGAUUUCACACAGGUUGUUCAGAUCUUCUCUGGAUCUGCCAGAUCCUUCCUGGAUCCUCCAGAUCCCUUUUGGAUUCACCAGAUCUCACAAAAAUUCUCCAGAUCACAUCUGGCUCCACCAGAUCCCACCUGGAUACUCCAGAUCCCGCCUGGACCUUCUAGAUCCCUUCUGGAUCCUCCAGAUCUCACACAGAUACUCCAGAUCCCAUCUGGAUCCUCCAGAUCUCACACAGAUCCUCCAUAACCCUUCUGGAUCCUCCAGAUCUCGCACAGAUACUCCAGACUCCAUCUGGAUCCUCCAGAUCCCACUUGGACCCUCCAGACCCCUCCUGGAUCCUCGAGAUCCUGCCAGGAUCCUCCAGAUCCCUCCUGGAUUGACCAGAUCUCGCCAGGACCCACCGGAUCCCUCCUGGAUCCCCGGAUCCUGCCGGAUCCCUGUCCCAGCUCCCCGUCCCUCGGCAGGGGCGGCUCGGCCGGGACUGGAUUCCCCAGGAUCCCCGGACUGUCCGUCCGUCCCCGCGGGAUCCUGGCGCCUCGGACGCUCGGACCCCCCAGGAUCCCCCCCAGGAUCCCCCCCAGGAUCCCCCCCAGGAUCCCCCCAGGAUCUGGGGAUCCCAGAGACCCCCGGGAUGGAUCUCCCCGGGGCCCGGCGCCGGUUUCUGCGGAGUUUUCGUUGGUUUUGCCCCGUUCCCGUUGGGGACAGGAGCUGCAGCGCCCCCUGGUGGGUCCCAAGCGCCUGGGGACGUUUGGGGACAUCUGGGGACACUGAGGGGACCUUGCCCUGGGAUCUGGGGUGGCCCCUGAGUGACCUCGGCCAUGGGGAUGUCCCCAAUGGUCCUGGCCAGGGUCACUCCAGGUGACAUCCUCAGGUGGUCACAGGGGUGGCCACAAUGUCCCCUGAUGAUCCCAGUGGUGGCCACGAUGCCCCAGGUGAUCCUGACCCCCAGUGAUGUCCCCAACUGGUCCCAGUCUUGGUGGCCAUGAUGUCCCCGGUGAUCCUGGUCACCAAUGACUUCUCCCAGCUGGUCCCAAUGGUGGCCACAAUGUCCCCAGGUGAUUCUGGCCACCAGUGAUGUCCCUCAGCUGGUCCCAGUGGUGGCCACAAUGUCCCCAGGUGAUUCUGGCCACCAGUGAUGUCCCCAGCUGGUCCCAGUGGUGGCCACAAUGUCCCCAGGUGAUUCUGGCCACCAGUGAUGUCCCUCAGCUGGUCCCAGUGGUGGCCACAAUGUCCCCAGGUGAUUCUGGCCACCAGUGAUGUCCCUCAGCUGGUCCCAGUGGUGGCCACAAUGUCCCCAGGUGAUUCUGGCCACCAGUGAUGUCCCCAGCUGGUCCCAGUGGUGGCCAUGAUGUCCCCCGGUGAUCCCAAUGGUGACCAUGAUGUCCCCUGGUGAUCCUGGCCACCAGUGAUGUCCCCAGCUGGUCCCAGUCAUGGUGGCCACGAUGUCCCCCAGGUGAUCCCAGCCAUGGCCACCCCUCAGGUGCCACCCCAGUCCCCUCCCAGUGCCCCCCAGUUUGUCCCUGUCCCCAUCUUGGGGCUGUCCCAGUUUGCACUUUAUGGUCACAUGUCCCCUGGGUGCUGUCCCCGUGUCCCCAGCGAGGGGACAGCAGUGCCACUCCCCUGCCCUUUGUCCUUGUCCCUUCUGGACCCUUGGUGUCCCCACCCCUGUGCAGGGGACACCCGGGGUGCUGCCACCCCAGGGGGACACCUCAAAAUUUGGGACACCCCAAAGUGGUGCCGCCCCAAAUUUGGUGCCACCCCGACUUGGGGACACCCAGAAUUGUCCCCCCAGGCGUGGGGGGUGGUGGCUGUGGGGUGGAGGGACCCGGUCCCGUAUGAAGCCCCUGGGGACAUUCCCAGGGUCACCUUGGGGACAUGCCCGGGGUCACCUUGGGGACAUUCCCAGGGUCACUCUGGGGACAUUGCCGGUGUUCCAGCACCUCUGGAAUUGGUGACAUCGAUGUCCCCAAGGUGGUGACAGAGCUCUGCAGGGUCCUGGCCCUGUCCCCACCCUCGGGGACACCUUGGGGACAUUCCCAGCCCUCCAGAGCCUCUGGAAUUGGUGACACCGAUGUCCCCAAGGUGGUGUCCCCCCAAGUCCCAGCCUGGACCAAUCAGGGACACUGCAGCUCCUGUCGCUCUUUUUUUUUCUUUUUUUUUCUUUCUUUCUUUCAUUUUUCUUUUUUUCCGGCUUUUUUCCUCUUAUUUGAUUUGAUUUUUAUUUUAUUUUGUUUUUUUCCUUUGCUUUGGGAAGCUCCUCCCUCGCGGUGAAAUAA